AUGCCGGAGAAGAUCACGUUUGGCGGUUACGGAAAAAGACCUGGAAAAUUCCGAUAUAACUACGGAGUUGCCGUAUCUGCUGACAAUGAGAUAUAUAUGACUGAUUUGAAGAACAAACGAGUCCAGGUCUUCAGUAUGAAUGGGACCUAUCUCCGCCUCUUUCCAACCGUCGUGCCGGGUGAAAAUAUGACAAUGUUCCCUGUUAGUGUUGCUUUGGACGUGGGGCCUGGCUACCUUUGGGUACUGGGGAAAAGGAGGUUGUACUACAGUGAAGGACACGUCGUACAGUACAGUAAGAACGGAGAGCCCAUUAAAAAAUUUGAAGUAAGCCUGGGCAGCUUCCAUUCCGUCAGCGCGAUGGACGUGCGCAACAAUAAAGUUAUUCUGGGAUACGAACAUACAAUUACUAUGGUUGAUCCAAACGGUUCUCGUUUUUGGAGUUCAAAUGUGAGUACGGAAUACGGCAUCGGGGGAGUUAAAUGGGAUACCGAAGGAAAUAUCCUGCUGACGGAUGGGUAUAAAACCGUCCAGAUGUACAAUCAAUCCGGAGUAAAGAUAUUUGAAUUUGGCACCUAUGGAAAGGCUAAGGGCCAACUGCCUCAUCCCAGAGGUAUUUGUCUGGACUCCUACGGUCGCAUUAUCGUGACGAAUUCUAUGAGUAAGAACAACCGGGUAGACAUGUUCACACGCCAGGGCGAGUUUGUCCGCACUAUCGCGGACAUUAAAGGCCCGUGGGGUGUCGCUAUGGGACCAUGUGGAGAGUUGGUGGUGACUAGUCCAAGUAAAUUUACCUACACUGCAACCAUCUUUCCUCGCCACAUGGUGCUUCCUUAA